AUGCCGCGAUUUAAUCGACGGGAACAGCUGCCGCUCCACAUCAAGCGCGCCAUUUGCGCGCACCACCUCGAACACCCCGUCCUGCGCCAUGUCGACCUAGCUCGAUGGUGUUUCUCCCAGUACGGGUUGCGCCCGGAUCGCUCUACGAUCGGCCGCAUCCUAAAAACCGCCGAGCGAUGGGAUGUGACGUCCGACGGCGCCAACCCGGUGCGCCGUCGGGCAGGCGCCUGGCCAGAGCUGGAGCAGGCCAUGGGGCGGUGGAUAGCAAACGCAGGACCCGCCGGUGUGCCCCUCACACUCCAAACCAUCCGCGACCAUGUCGCGGCGAUGGCCAGGAACAUGGGCAUUCCGCCCACCUUCCGAUGCUCGAUCGGCUGGGUGCGCCGUGCAUUGCGGCGCCAGGGCGUGAGAUGCCGUGCGGCACAGGGCGAGGCCGCCAGCGCAGAUAUGGCGGCCGUGCGCGACGCCCGUGAGAAGAUGCCGCGACUCCUCACGCAGCUCGGCGUCGCCCCGCGGGACACCUUCAACCUCGACGAGACUGCUCUCUGGCUGUCGGUGCUUCCGCGGCGCACGUACAGCAGCGGCCGCAUACCAGGCCGCAAGGUCUCGAAGGAGCGAUUGACCGUCGCAUUCCUCGUGAAUGCGGACGGUAGCCAUGCAUUCCGGCCGCUUGUGAUAAGCAAGGCGAAGAGGCCGCAUGACUUCCGGCCCGACUAUGACCCUGAGGCGCUAUGCUACUGGCGCCAUAACGCCAAAGGCUGGAUGACCUCGCCUGGUCGCAAAAUAGUGGUGCUGCUGGACAACGCGAGCAGCCACAUGCUGCGCGCCGUAGAUGCAUGGAGCGAGAUCGUGUGCGGCGUCAGGACCACGUGCAUGAGCCACGUGCGGCUUGUCUUCCUGCCGCCCAGUACCACGGCAUUCACUCAGCCGCUUGACCAGGGCAUAAUCGCCACCGCGAAGGCCCGCUACCGCCAGCAUUGGCUGCGGGCCUUCUCGGGUUUAUGGAACGCCGACGGAGCGACUUCCGCGGUCGCUCGAUUCCGGCCGAAUCUGCGAGAUGUGCUCGAGUGGCUGUCGGAGUCGUGGACCUCCGUCGGCGCGCGCACCAUUCAACGAUGUUGGUGGCGCACGGGGUGUCUUCCCCUCUCGUGGUCACUGGAGCUGCCGCACGUGCAUGACGACGAGCCCAUCCCCGCAGCUUAUCCCGACAUCGAACUCGACGAUGACAUCGAUGAUGUCGGGACGCUUAUUAACACGCUCGACCUCGGGAAUGCGGCAAUGACGGCGGCGGAAUACGUCGCCAUCGACGACGCGGAGCCCACGUGUGCGGAAGGCACGGCACACCCGCCCGUGACAGAGGAGGAGAUGCGCUCGGAGGUGGAGCUCUGGCAGGCGCCGACGACCAUGCAGGCCGUUUACGACGACGCCGACCCCGUGUGCCGUGAAGCGCGCCGCACUGCUCGUGCGGCGUGCGAGAUGCUCAUCGGCUACGCCCGGGCCACCCGCAUCACUCCGCGCGAUCUGUGCGCUCUUUUCGACAUCCGCAAUCCAAUCAUAAUCGCGCGGAUGGAGCGGGCGAGCCCGGGAUUCAAUCUCAACGUGGCGCCGCAGCCCGUACCCUCCCCCGGCGCAACCCCCACUCCUGAGACACCUCGUCCGCGGGGCCGUGUGCUGCCCGACUGGAUGACCCGCCAGUCCCGCCGUCAGCAGCUGCUUGAUGCCGGGGUGGGCGCCGUGAUGGACGGCUAUGUGGAUGCAGCGGAAUGGAUGCGUCUGUGA